CUUCCUCCUCCUCUUCCUCACCCCCUUCGCAACUUCGGCUCUGGGGGAAGGUUCUAGCGGCCGCAGGACCUUUUCCUAGAAGGCUGGUGAUGGAUCUCCUGCUUCUGUCCCCGCCGGGGCACUUGGAGUGCGCUAGUGGUGCGUGAGCCCAGCGCUGCCCUCCACCGCCCUCGCCCUCGGUGAGCCUCGGGCCGGCCCGCCUGGCAGCCUCGCCUAAGCCCCCUGCCUUUCCACGCCAGCAUUCUGCCAGCGGGAAGAGGGUGGCCCUCGGGCAUAGCCCCAUUGAGAUGUCUGCUCAAAGCCUGCUUCACAGUGUCUUCUCCUGCUCCUCCCCGGCCUCGGGCAGCGCGGCCUCAGCCAAGGGCUUCUCCAAGAGGAAGCUACGCCAGACCCGCAGCCUGGACCCAGCCCUGAUCGGCGGCUGCGGAGGCGAGGCGGGUGCGGAGGGAGUUUCUCGGGGGGCCACGGGGAGCCAUCUCUGCUCCCCACUGCCCUCGGCCGAGGGUGCUGGUCCCCGUUCGGCGUCUUCUCCCCGGGGCCAACACCCCCGGGCCAACCGCCUCCCGCCUCCUAGAGCCUUCUGCUCGUCCUUCUCCACGCCCAGCACUCCGCAGGAGAAGUCACCUUCUGGCAACUUCCACUUUGACUAUGAGCUACCCCCGGGUCGCAGUGGCUUCAAGAAGAGCACGGCAUGGGACCUGCCUUCGGUCCUGGCCGCGCCGAGCAGUGGCCGCAGCGCCAUCCUCUGUUCCUCAGGGGGAGGCUCCAAUGGCAUCUUCACUUCUCCCAGGAGGUGGCUCCAGCAGAGAAAGUUCCAGUCUCCACCCAACAGCCACGGCCACCCCUACGUCGUGUGGAAAUCCGAGGGUGAUUUCACCUGGAACAGCAUGUCGGGCCGCAGCGUGCGGCUGAGGUCAGUCCCCAUCCAGAGUCUCUCAGAGCUGGAGCGAGCCCGGCUGCAGGAAGUGGCGUUUUAUCAGUUGCAGCAGGACUGUGACCUGAGUUGUCAGAUCACCAUUCCCAAAGAUGGACAAAAGAGAAAGAAAUCUUUGAGAAAGAAACUGGAUUCACUAGGGAAGGAGAAAAACAGAGACAGAGAAUUCAUCCCGCAGGCAUUUGGAAUGCCCUUAUCCCAAGUCAUCGCAAAUGACCGGGCCUAUAAACUCAAGCAAGACUUGCAGAGGGACGAGCAGAAGGACACAUCUGAUUUUGUGGCUUCCCUCCUCCCAUUUGGAAAUAAAAGACAAAACAAAGAACUGUCAAGCAGUAACUCAUCUCUCAGCUCCACCUCGGAAACACCAAAUGAGUCGACCUCCCCGAACACUCCAGAACCGGCUCCACGGGUCAGGAGGAGGGGUGCAAUGUCAGUGGAUUCUAUCACAGAUCUUGAUGAUAAUCAGUCUCGACUGCUUGAAGCUUUACAACUCUCCUUGCCGGCUGAGGCUCAAAAUAAAAAAGAAAAAGCCAGAGAUAAGAAACUCAGUCUGAAUCCUAUUUACAGACAGGUCCCCAGGCUGGUGGAUAGCUGCUGUCAACAUCUAGAAAAACAUGGUCUCCAGACAGUGGGGAUAUUCCGAGUUGGAAGCUCAAAAAAGAGAGUGAGACAACUACGCGAGGAAUUUGACCGUGGCGUUGAUGUCUCUCUGGAGGAAGAGCACAGCGUUCAUGAUGUGGCUGCCUUGUUGAAGGAGUUCCUGAGAGACAUGCCGGACCCCCUUCUCACCAGGGAGCUGUACACAGCUUUCAUCAAUACUCUCUUGUUGCAGCCAGAGGAACAGCUGGGUACCUUGCAGCUCCUCAUUUACCUUCUACCUCCCUGCAACUGCGACACGCUCCACCGCCUCCUGCAGUUCCUGUCCAUCGUGGCCAGGCACGCCAAUGACAACGUCAGCAAAGAUGGGCAAGAGGUCACUGGGAACAAAAUGACAUCUCUAAACUUGGCCACCAUAUUUGGACCCAACCUGCUGCAUAAGCAGAAGUUAUCAGACAAAGAAUUCUCGGUCCAGAGUUCAGCCCGUGCUGAGGAGAGCACAGCCAUCAUUGCUGUGGUGCAGAAAAUGAUUGAAAAUUAUGAAGCCCUGUUCAUGGUCUCCCCAGAUCUGCAGAACGAAGUGCUGAUCAGCCUGCUGGAGACGGACCCGGAUGUGGUGGACUACUUACUCAGAAGAAAGGCCUCCCAGUCCUCAAGCCCUGACAUGCUGCGGUCGGAUGUUUCCUUUUCCGUGGGAGGAAGGCACUCUUCUACAGACUCCAACAAGGCCUCCAGCGGAGACCUCUCCCCUUAUGACAACAACUCCCCAGUGCUAUCUGAGCGCUCCCUGCUGGCUAUGCAAGAGGAUGCGGCCCGGGGGGGCUCGGAGAAGCUUUACAAAGGGACAGAGCAGUAUAUGCUGGUGAGCCACUUGCCAUCGUUGAAGUCAAGAGAGAGUUCUACUGGACCAAGACUUGGAAAAGAUAUGUCAGAGGAACCUUUCAAUAUCUGGGGAACUUGGCAUUCAACAUUAAAAAGUGGAUCCAAAGACCCAGGAAUGACAGGUUCCUAUGGAGACAUUUUUGAAAGCAGCUCCCUACGACCAGGGCCAUGCUCCCUUUCUCAAGGGAACCUUUCCCUAAAUUGGCCUCGGUGGCAAGGGAGCCCCACAGAACUGGACAGUGGUACACAGGUCAUUCGGAGGACUCAGACCACGGCUACCAUCGCGGAGUGCAGGGCCCACCCUCCUGUGUCCCGCGUCUGCAGCACGUCCCACAUCCAGGGCGGCAGCAGAUCGGAGCUGGCCACACCAAGGCCAGAGCCGUAUUUGACUCUGAGCAGUGCGGAAGACCUCACCGAGAGUGAGCUGGAUGUGGCCUGGCGGCAGAGCCGAGCCACGCCUUGGCACCAGAGACCUGGGGAGAGUACGAGGCAUGACACAAGGCCUCCUCCUCCUUAUCCUGGUCCAGGGAAGCAAGCUUUAGCAUCAGCUCACCAGCCCACAGAGCCACCAUUGUGGAGGCGUCAGAGGCCAGAAGAAGGCUCAGGAUCAUCAGCUUUGGAAGAGGGAAGCCAAACGGCCGAGCAAGAGCAUCAGGCCGCCCAGCCAAAAUUGAGCAGCGCCUGCUCCAGUCCCACCAGUGAUCAGAACAGUAAGGCCUUGGGUGAAGCCAACUGGCUCGAUUGGCAGAGAGAGCGGUGGCAAAUCUGGGAGCUCUUGUCCACUGACAACCCCGAUGCCCUCCCGGAAACACUGGUAUGAGCCCACGCCCAGCUUGAGCCCUCACGUCCCAAACAGCCUUCUUUCACUCAGUAGGGAAAAAAAUUGGUAUUAGAUAAUUGGACAGUUACUUAUUUUCCUUCUUUCACACUUUUGAAAAAUAACACAAGAGAAACCCAGUUCACUUAAAGAUAAUAGAGCACUAGUACCCUCGCCAUUUAUAAGAUUCUAUUGCAUAGCCAGCCUUAGGGAAAUACAAAAUAAGCAUAAAUGGAUGACAAUAUCCGAUCUAAAAACUACUCACAUUGGCUCUGCAUAAGAUAAAAUUCUUGCUUUCGUAUUGCUUAAUUGUAUUUAUGUGUCUUCGAUUUUGACUAUUGUAUAUUCUGUAACAGAUUAUGUAUGAUAAUCGUAUAAGAUAUAUUCACAGAAAACAAAAGGAACAAUAUUUUGAAUCACUUCACUUAUACUAAGCAUUGAGAUUCUAUAGAAUGUUCUAGAAUAUGCACAAGCGGGUUUCUGUGCUUUUGCCAUAGUUUUUUAAAGGGGUACAGCCCUUCAAUGCCUAAGAAAAACACUAAACAGAAUAUGAGAAGCGUAUUUUUAUAUAGUAGUGAGAUACAAAAAAAAUAUAGUCACUGAAUGCUUUUUCAUAUUGAAUGUUUUAGAAAGAUAUUAAAUUUGAUACAUUAUGGAAUAUAUUUUUAGAAUCUGUUUAGAAAGGAUUCAGUUAAUCAAACAAGAGAAAGGCCGUGCCUAACAAAAGAAGAAGAAUUAAGAAGUUGUCCUUCCCAUUUUAGGUCAAAUUCAGUUUUAUAUAGACCAUAUAUAAUAUAUAUUUAUGAUGUGUAAUUGUUAUGUAUUUUUCAAAACUACAAACUGGAAUCCAACUAUAAAGUGAUUGAGAAUCUAAAUAGAGUAUUCAAAUUAGAGAACAUCCUUUUGUCCCAUAAUCAGUAUUAACCAAAUUAUAUGCAGUGCUUUGUAAAGUAAAUCAUAGUUGGAAAAAAAGUACAGCUUUGUAUUUACAUUGUGCCAAAGGCUGAGGAAAUGUUUUCUUCGCUAAUUUUGUGUGUAUUGUAAAAUGCUCCUACCUUACUUCAGUAAGUUUGUAGUUUUCCAAAUGCAAAACCAUUUUUGACCAGCAGGUGGCGAUUCGCUUCAGUAUUUUAUGAGAUUUUUUUCACUUCAUAAGGGAAUGUAUAUUAUAGAAAAUUUUUUUUUAUAAAACAUGCUACUCUUAAUUUUCAUGUUGGCAAUUUUCAGUGGUGUUUCUUAAAAUUCUAUCUUGUGCCAUGAUGAAUAAAAA